UUUUGAGAAGUAUGAGAUUGAUGCAUGACUUUAUGAAUGGCAUUGCAAUUUGAUGUGGAAGAUGUCUGUUUGUGAAUAUUUAAAUUCUUACGACGACUGAGUGAUAAGCAAAACCACUUUCUACAAAUGUUUUUUUCAGUAGUAAGUAAUAUGAUGUUUUUUUAAUCACAGUGUUUGUACUCCUCUUAUAUUGGUUGGUGUUCUCUUUCACUCUGUUAGUUGAAUCAUGGAAGUAAGAUGUAUUGUCAUGGGGAAACAUGCCAUCAGGAUUUGGCUGUCUAUUCUAUUCUUCCUGUGAUAACGUUAAAGUCUUCCAAGAUAAGCUCCGGCAAAUUAUAUGGAAUAUGUUAUAAUAUAACGGCCUAGCCUUCUACAACGUGGAAUAAAAUUCUUUUCUGUGAUUGUGAGAAAGCUAAAUACAAAUUUCUCUGGUUUCAAUUAACCGUCACGAAGAAAUUUUAUUGACAUAUUUGCCAUAAGAAUUACACCUAGUUUAUUAAAUUCAAACUUAUUUAUAUGAAGAAAUAUGAUUCUCUUUGGGUUAGAAAUGGUUACAAAAUCGCAUUUGGCUGAUUAUAUAAAUACAAUCAUUUGAAGUAAUGAAGAGUGGGGUUUUGUCUGUUUAAUGCGUGCAUACCUUAGUCUCCUGUAGAACAAAAAAAGAUGCUGUCUUCCAGUUUAACGGAAAAAUCAGCUAAGAAAAGCAAAUCCGGUUUUAAAGGAUUGUCUAGGUCGAAGAAGCAUAAAAAAAGCAACGUGGAUGAUAUUGAUACUACCAAUGUUUCAUCUACCACUAAUAUAACUACUACUCUUCCAACGAGUAUUAUCUCGUCCACCAGUUUGUUGAAUAAUAAAUCGUCGAAAAUGAAAACGUCUUUUCAAAUUGUCACUAAUGAUGAUGCCAAACUUAGUAGUCCACUAUCGGUUGUCCCUACUGCCGAAAAUAUCAGUAAUAGUAAGUCCAAAAGAAAAAUUAAGAAGAAAGAAUUGAAGCAAAAGAAGGUGUCUGAACAAUCUAAUAUGGAUACUGCUAUUCCUAUACCGGCAACAGCACAACAACCUGUGAAAAGUAAAAAGAAACGAGGCUUGAAAUUGCAUUCGCAUAAAACAGUAUUGAGUGGUGAAAAAGCAGUAAAAAUUGUCACUAAGCCUAUAUUCGGAGUUCCUUUAGAUGUCGCUUGUAACAGAAAUCCAAGUCAUGACGAAGUUAUGCUACCGGCAUUUUUCCGUCAUUGUAUUGACUAUAUCGAACAAUAUGGUCUUAGUUCAGAAGGCAUAUAUCGUGUGCCUGGCGUUCAUUCGCAAGUCCAAGCAGUUAUUUCUUCAAUUGAUAAUGGUCAAGAAUUUCCAGAUAUCCCACCAACUUCUGCGACGUUUUAUCAUAAUCAAGACGUAUUUACAAAACAUCGUUCUAGUCACUUUCUAAUCGGUACCACAGAUAUCAAUUUCAAAGGCAAAACACGACAUUUAAGUUCAUCUUAUACAGGAGCUAAAGAAUUCAAUUCAAUACUGUCUCCCAAAAUUUCAGAAAAUCGUGGAGUAGUUACACCACCGUCGGCCGGUUUCAUUUCAACUGCUUUCAGUGUUAAAAAUCCAAUGGCAAGUGUUGGUAGCUGCAGUAGCAAUGCAGGUGUCGGCGCCGGCAGUAAUGAUUCACCUGCGAAACAUCUGUUACCGACUUCAUCGUUGAUUGCUCCCAAUGCUGCAACAUCAGUUUAUCCACAGUCAACUCUACCACAUGAUCCCGCAGUUAUAGCCAGUGUUAUCAAACAAUUUUUACGUAGUCUACCCGAAUCAAUUUUGACAAAACGCUUGAGUAAUGUUAUUGAAUCAUUAUCCACAGACACUGUACAAUUCUAUCACAAUUUGUCUGCUUUAGUACAUCAAGAAUUGCCGGUGUCCAAUCGAUAUUUACUAGCUUGGAUUAUACAGCAUAUGAUGCAUAUUAUUGACAGAGCUGGUGAAAACCGUAUGACAUUAGCCAAUAUCAUUAUUGUCCUGUCACCGUGUCUAGGAAUUAGUCAUCGUCUAUUGUCGAUUUUGUUGAAUCCUACGCCACCGAAAGAUUUCUCCUUGGAUCUAUGUAAAUUAGAUCCAAAGCUGCCAGCAUUUAAUCCUGAUAAAUCAAAUAUUGAUCCAAGCACAUGGCAUUGGUUGUUUCCUCAUCCUGUGUAUUUAUUAAGACCGUAUAUACCUCCGUUGAAAUUAAUCCAUGGACUAGAAUUACCCGAUUCCAAUGAAGAAUUGGAUGUAGAAUUGAAGAAACAAGAAUCUCUAUUAGCUCAUUUAUGUGAAGAAAUAAAAUUGGGUGAGACAAGUCCUGGUAAAGAAUAUCUCUUACGUGAUGUACAACAUAUUAUCACUGAAAUAAAACGACGUAAAGCUUUAACUGAUCCAGAGGCUAUAAGACAAGAGAUAAUUAAACAACAAACACAGUUGGAUAGAUUGCAUUUAGCAAUAGCCCAGUGUGCAACGAUCGAUGCACAUUCAGAUACAUCCAGUGGAUUAUCACAAUUGAAAGAUACUUCCACAUCUGGCCAACGUAGAAGGAUAACUGGAAGUGAUAAGUCGUCAAAAAGUCAUCAUCACCAUCACAGUCAUCGUCAUCAUAAUACUGAUCAUCUACAUCAGUUAACAGAUAAAAAGAUCCCUUAUUCAGAUGAAUUAUGGGAAGUACAACGUCAAAUAACAAUGCUUAAGCGUAAAUUGAAACAACAUGAAAAAUUGAAUGAACAGCAACAACAACCACAGUCAUCUUUGACGGCAAUUACAAAUUCGGAAAUGAUGGGGACAACAAUGGCAACAGCAGUACAAGAAGCAUCAUCAAUAUCUCCACUUCCGUCGUCAUCAUCAACAACAACCUGUCAUUCACCGUCGGUAUUAUACAUGUCUGGUGCUCCAUUAAUUAUACCCUCUGUCUCAGAACUGGAUCAAGAAGAAGUACUCAAUCUAACGUUAAGAAAAUUGGCAAUUGAACCAUCAAUAACGACGACGAUGACGACGACAACAGCAACAAUAACAAGUACAAUUGAUGAAUUAAAUUGUUCGACAACAGUAAACAACAAUACGAGAAACGGUGAUGGAAAUACAAUAGUCUACUCAUCACAGACAACUGCUUCAUCAGAGAAUGAUAAUACAACACUAGUAAAAGAAGCAACGCCCAUAUCCUCGUCAACGGUAAUAAAUCAACGAGAUGAAACCAAUGUGUGUAUGACAAAUCUCUCCGAAACUAAUAAUGCUUCUUUGGAUUUUAAAAGCAGUACUAGUAAAAGUCAAAAUAAUAAAGAAUCUCUAAAUAAUACUGUCAUGUCAAUUCAUGAUACUGAUGCGCCAGCCAGUGUUACUACUAUUCCUUCUAGUGAACAGUUACCGCAUAAUAAUAAUGAAAAUCAAUUUGAUGAGAACUUGAUAUCGUGUGCGGCUUCUGAAACUCAGCAGAAAAAUUCAAUUAUUCAGGCCAUUGACAGGGAAGUACAUCCAGAGUUUAUUCACCAAACGUAUGCUUCACCUAGAGAUUAUGAUGAAGUUUUCAGUCGAAAUUCUAUAAAAACCACAGCUCCCAACACUUUACUCUCACAUUAUCUAAUGACGGAUUCUCCAUCUCUACCACCACCACCUGAUUUAGCACCAAAGUUGACAGAGUUCAUAGAGCCUAGUGCUAUUAUGUUUACUAAUACUAAUACUACAAUGAUGACGACCACCUCUACCUUUAUACAGGAUCCUAAUCAACGUCAGAUGAUGUAUUACAAAGCACGGAAACAAGAAUUAAUCGCUAUACAAGCGGAUUUAAAAGCACGAAUUCGAUCUGAAAAUGCAGAAAUUAAUCGACUUCAGUUAUGCAUUAAUCAUCUUCUGGAGUCUGGUGGCCGGCGUGCUAGACGAAUAUACCGUACAUAUGUAACAGCGAAACACUUAUGUCCGCCAUGGUUGUAUAAUCAAAAUCCAAUUAUCUCGACAUCAUCACAGCAUAAUAUGAUGAGUGGUGAAGAAGAAGAUGAAGAAGGAAAGAAUGACGAGAAAAAAUUAAACUGGCAUAUUUCACAACCAUGGACGAAAAUUGCAGAGAAUUUAACAAAUCUUUCUGUUAAUCCCAAUCUUCAUGAUGAUGACGAUGAUGAUGAUGUUAAUGUUAAUAUUAAUCGUUAUAAAAAUCCCAGACAAUAUAACGGUGUAAAUAAGCAGAAAGAAAAAUGUCUACUUGACGAAGAAGAUUCAAGUGAUUCAGAUAGCCAACAUCAUCGUCAUUCUGAUGAGGAUGAGGAUGACGACGACGAUAAUGACAAUGAAGAUGGUGACGAGGACUCACUUGAAGAACCAAUUCUAUUGAAUAGAAAUUCAUCGCCUGAUUCAGUUGCUUAUUCACGACUUACGGAAGAAGGCGAAGACGAUGAAAAUGAUUUAAAGCAUCUUGUAGACAAAAAGUGUGAAGAGUCGAUAAAUUCUGACAAUGAAAAUCAGGCAAUUACACAAGACGAUAAAGAGGAGGGGGAUGAUGAAGAAGAUGAUGAUGACGACGACGAUGAAUGUGAAUUGGAAUUGGCUACAACACUUCAUCAACUUACACUAGAUAAUGCACGUCUAGAACAACUGAAUGCACGUUCAUUAGAAGCUAUACAAGCUGAAAGAGAUCGUUGUGCAGAUUUAAAAGUCUUGUUGAAACUUCGUCAUAAUUCUUAUAUGAUGAAACCAAUGGAAAUGAUGGAAUCGUCAACAUCGGAAUUCACUGAUUCCCUUCAUCAACAUUCCAGUCAUAGUCAAUCACAAUCAAUUACUGCAUAAAAGGUAUACGGAAUUAUUAAUAUUCAAUGAAGAGGAAAGUGAAAUAAGCAGUAUAAACAAAUGAAGCAUUUAAUCCAGUUGAUGUAAUCAUACUACUACCACUACUACUACUACAUGUAAUCAAAAUCUGUGCAAUGCACAUUAAAAUGAAAUUAUAAUGAAGUUUAUCUGUGAUUAUUAAAAAUAACAAUUAUAAUAAUAAUAAUAAUUGACUGUUAAUAUUUCGUAUUUAUUCAUACGAUCAAUCUCUUUUUGUCACUCUCUUGCUCUUCUUUACUCCUGGCAUCUGUUAUUAAUAAAUAAAAUUUCAUCUUACUGUUAUGAGAUGUCGCCUAAUGUAAAUACGAAUGUUGAUUGAUAAUACUGAACUAAACACUUGACAAUUUCUUAGAUCUGAGCUAGUAAAUUGCAAAAAGCAUUCUCACAUAGUAGGGUUGAAAACGUGUAUGUUCAAAACAAUCAAGAGGAAACCACACAGUUAUAUAUGGCAUACAUUGCAUCCAGUAAGUAAUAAGGCCUUGAAUAGUCGAUAUCUACAGCAUAUUGAAUUCUGAUUGAUUGACGCUUUCACUAUAUGACAAAAUGUGACUUGUUGUUUUAUCUGAUUAACUAACAGACUAAUGAGAUAGAUUUUGGAAGAAGACUGAUGGUUAGUGGUGUGCUUGCUUCUAUUCAGUCUGAAAUCGUAGAGUUUUCUGUCGACGUUGGUUUCUUCGUCUUCUUAUAAUAGUUGUUGCUUCAGUUUUGUCAAAGGUCACUAAAUCUCUGCACUAUUGUUUUCUUUCUGUUUUGUCGACUGUGGAUGAUAGACAAAAAGUUACCAGUGUCUUACGACAAGAUGUACCGCUGGUUUUUCACAGUAGAUUGUUAAUUGAUGUUGACAGGCGAUGCAUUAGGAAGAGGGAGCUUUGUUUAUCAGAAUUUCUUUUAAAUGUCAAACUGUUGACUGCAUUGUAUGAUAAAUUGAGAUAUUGAAACCUAAAAUUUUAUUUACUUUUGGCAUCGAUCCUCACAUAACGAAUUGUAGCAACGCCUGAC